AUGGCCAUCUUUGACCUCAACUUCAUACGACACCCCCUUUCCUCAGCGGAGUUGUCAGACCCCUCUCUCAACCUCAUCGCUCUUUCAACUUAUAUAUCCUGCCGCCCUCCCCUUGCCGCUGAGGUUUCACCAUCACAGAAGAGCAUUGUCACCAAUCUUGUUACACUACGAGACUUUCCGACUACUGGUUCGAUGGCUCUCACAGCUUCACCAGCUGCUCCGCACAACUGGGGGCGAUGGCCGCAGCAGCUGCCUCACGAUUUUGCCAUGAUGGAAGCACCUUCCUUCAUGCCUUACGACUCCCGCGGAAACCCAGCUCAGAUGCAGAGGCCCAUGCCACCUCAAUAUGUCGUGUCUCCUGCGUACAGCUCGGCGCCGAUGACAUCUAUGACUACUCAUUACCAGGCUCAGAACCCCUUCGCUACAUAUGCGACAUAUCAGAGCCCUCCGCCGUCAACUCCUGUCGGAUCACCUUUUAAGCCCGAGUUUCAAGAUCGUUCCCACCCCAUGCCAAUCGGCACAGAUUCCGAGGCUAUGCGCACGGUUUCAUCUCGACGAAGAUCGAGACAGAUUAGUGAUGCUCGUUUGCAGUCUCCGGCUCGGAGCGACUCCAAUGUUUCCGUGGCACAUUCGAUUGCUUCCAAUCCGACUGCCAACUCCAAGACUAUCACAUACAACGAGACCAUUAACCCAGCUGAUCGUAUCAACUUCGAGACUGACGUGGAUGAACUUAUGAAGGCUAUUCAGGCCAAAGACGACGACCGCAAUGAUACACCGGGACAGACCUUGACCCCCGCACAUACACCCAAAGCUGAGAUGGCCAUUGAUGUCCAUAGUCCAGCCAACUCCUGUCAUGCCUCUACACCCGCCCCUGAAGUCAGGCCCAAGAAGAAGUGGGUUUGUGACGGCCCAAGUUGCAACAAGCGAUUCGUGCAGAAGACGCAUCUCGACAUCCACCGCCGAACCCACACUGGCCUCAAGCCUUACGUCUGCACCAAAGACAACUGUGGACUUACCUUUUCUCAGCGUGGAAAUCUGAAGACUCACAUGCGUCGUCACACCGGUGAGAAGCCAUAUUCCUGCAGCAUCUGCGGUAAAACGUUCGCCCAGAGAGGAAACGUCCGAUCCCACGAAGAAACGCACAAAGGUUUGAAGCCUUUCAUUUGCAGGCUCGAUGAUUGCAACAAGUCAUUUUCUCAGCUCGGUAAUAUGAAGACCCAUCAGAACAACUUCCACAAGGAGACCUUGAAGAGCCUUACAAGCAUGUUUGUGAAGUUCGCUCAAUUGGGCGAGGUCCCUGAGGAGCACCAGAAUCUUUUUGAUUACUUCAAGGAGCAUUAUAAGAACAGCAACAAGGGCAUCAAAGGGCGUGGCAAGGCCAGAACUGUUGCUGUAAGGAAGCCCAAGGGCAACUCUGAACAGACUGCUACUACAGUUCCUAUGAUGGCAAGCCAGUUUUCCCAACCCCACAUGGCUAGCUCGGCUUCGGCGUAUGUUCCUCGCAACUUCGGCAUGUUUGAGACUGAGGCAGACCAUGCGACAAGUGGUAUGCUCUAUGAGGACGAGCACGCUCGACAGAUGGCCUUUGCCAACCGCCUGUACUAA